GUGUGACGCUAACGGUCCUUUUCCUGCCUGUUCCCGUGGCAGUGGCUGUGUUCAUCUGCGGGAGAAACGGUACACAAUGCCAUCAUUAGUUUUAACCAGCAGUGACAACGUUAUCACCAUGAACGACGUGGACGAGGGAUUAGACAGCAAUUUGGAGACCAAAAAAAAGAAAGACAAGGUCAAGAAGAAGAAAACGACUGUGACAGAAGAGUCUGCUGACUGCGAUCCACCGGCUCCCAAAAAGGUAAAACGAGAAAAGAUGGACACAGCCAACGGGACCGUGCAGACAUCUCCCGAUGUCAAUGGAAACGUCGGGAGGAAACCAGUUAAAGUUAAGAACCCGGCAGGCGAGCAGUCAGAGAAGAAGAAGAAAAAGAAGGCAGCUACAUCAGAUGACACAACAAUCGACCAAGCACCAUCUGUCAAUGGCGUUAGUACAAACUCACCAAAGACUCAAGUGAAAGUCAAUGGGCAUGUCACAGACUCGACGCAGUCCAGUGAAGACUCCAACAGUGAGAGUGAAAAGGAUGUGGAGACACCAGAGCAAAGAGAGGGCGCCUUCUCUAAUUUCAGAAUCUCACAGGACACCAUCAAGCUACUCCAAGCACGGGGUGUGACGUAUCUGUUUGAUAUUCAAGUGAAGACCUUCAACUCUGUGUAUGAUGGGAAGGACGUGAUCGGCCAAGCCCGAACCGGCACUGGAAAGACUUUCUCUUUUGCAGUCCCACUAGUAGAGAAACUACAGUCAGGAGCUGAGGACAAAAGAAGAGGGAGAGCUCCGAAAGUGCUGGUUCUCGCUCCUACUCGAGAGCUGGCAAUUCAGGUGGCUAAAGACUUCAAGGAUAUCACCAGGAAGCUCUCUGUUCACUGCUUCUAUGGAGGAAGCUCCUACAACCCUCAAGUGGAUGCCAUUCGCAGCGGCAUCGAUGUUCUUGUUGGCACCCCAGGCCGAAUAAAAGACCACCUUCAGAACAACAAACUGGAUCUGUCCCAGCUGAAACAUGUGGUGCUGGAUGAAGUGGACCAAAUGCUUGAUAUGGGCUUUGCUGAACAAGUGGAGGAGAUCCUCUCUGCUUCCUACAAAAAAGGUGAUGAAAGCAACCCUCAGACUCUCCUCUUUUCUGCCACUUGUCCUCCAUGGGUUUAUGACGUGGCUAAGAAGUACAUGCGCUCCCAGUAUGUUCACGUGGACCUCAUAGGCAAAAAAUCUCAGAAAGCAGCCACUACAGUUGAGCAUCUGGCCAUAGCAUGCCACUGGUCUCAGAGGGCAGCAGUGAUUGGUGAUGUAGUGCAGGUGUAUAGCGGCAGCCACGGACGCACCAUCGUCUUCUGUGAGACCAAGAAGGAAGCACAUGAGCUGUCCAUGAACACAUCCAUCAAACAGAGUGCACAGUCUUUGCAUGGAGACAUUCCUCAGAAACAACGAGAGCUCACCCUGAAGGGCUUCAGGAACGGCAAUUUCGAGGUCCUGGUGGCUACCAAUGUGGCUGCACGAGGCCUCGAUAUCCCAGAAGUUGAUUUGGUUGUACAGUGUUCUCCUCCAAAGGACGUUGAGUCAUAUAUUCACCGUUCUGGGCGAACUGGCAGAGCGGGAAGAACUGGCAUCUGCAUCUGUUUCUAUCAGCGCAAAGAAGAAGACCAACUGCGAUAUGUGGAGCAGAAGGCUGGCAUUACUUUCAAGCGUGUUGGCGUCCCAACUGCUAAUGACAUCGUCAAAUCCUCCAGUAAAGAUGCAGUCAGGUUCCUGGAUUCUGUACCUCCAGCAGCUGUAGAACAUUUCCGUGCAGCGGCCGAGAGGCUAAUCGAAGAGCGAGGUGCAGUGGAGGCGCUAGCCGCUGCUCUUGCACACAUAUCAGGAGCCACGAGUCUGGAGCAGAGAUCGCUCCUCAACUCAGAUGCUGGUUAUACCACAUUAGUGCUCAACUGCUCUCAAGAGAUGCAUAACAUCGGCUACGCCUGGCGAGGGCUGAAAGAGCAGCUCGGGGAGGAGAUAGACGACCAGAUCAAACGAAUGACCUUCCUUAAGAGUAAAAAGGGAGUUUGCUUUGACGUCCCAGCCGAUAAAGUGAAAGAAAUCCAGGACAAAUGGCAGGAUGGCCGCAGGUGGCAGCUGACCAUCGCCACUGAACUUCCCGAAUUGGAGGAAAGCAUGCGGAACCGUGGAGAAAGAGGGUCUGGUGCAAGGGCCAGAGGUCAUGGUGGAUUCCGCAGUGGCUUCCGCAAUGGCUUCCGUGGUGGCAACAACCGAGGUGCAGGAAGAGGAGGUGGAGGAAGAGGUGGAAGAAGAGAUGGAGGAAGAGGUGGUGCUCAAAAGAGGAGCUUCAGCCAGGCCUUUGACUAUUAAACAGCAUACAUUUGCUCUUGAGUGACUUUCUUUUCCAGCAUUGAUGGCUGGGUCUGUCAGUUUUUUUUCCACUUGUAUUUGGGGAAUCAGCCAUUGCACUUCACCGGAAAACUGCUUUCCCAAACCUUUCAUAGACAAAACAAGAUAAUUGCAUUGCAAUUGUGUAUUUAAACAGCUCUAUUUAAGCCCAUUCACAUGAAUGUGAAUUUCAUUAAAGUUGUCUUAAUACACAUAAA